AUGGAUAGUAACAAUAGUAAUAAUAAUAAUAAAAAUCUAAAACAAAUAUGUGAUAUACCAAAACCUCAAUUUUUAAGUAAAGGAGUUUUUACAUUAGUUGGAGUAUUAUGUAAAUUUUGGAUAUCAAUGAAUACGGUCACAACAUCAGGUAUUGAUAAAUUAGUAAAUGAAAUUGAUAAAACUCACCAAUUAAAAAGACCAAUGAUAACAAUUGCAAAUCAUUCGUCAAAUUUAGAUGAUCCAUUAUUAUGGGGUGUUUUACCAAAUCGUAUUUUAAUGGAUCCAUCAAAACAACGUUGGACAUUAGGUGCUUCAAAUAUUUUAUUUACAAAUUGGUUUUAUUCUAAAUUUUUUUCAUUAGGUAAAUGUAUUAAAAUUGUUAGAGGUGAUGGAAUUUAUCAAGAUGGUAUGAAUGAAUCAAUUGAUAGAUUAUCAGAAGGACAAUGGUUACAUAUAUUUCCAGAAGGUAGAAUUAGUCAACAAACUCAAUUAUUAUAUUUUAAAUGGGGUCUUGGUAGAUUAGUUGGUGAAUGUUAUAGAAGAACCGGUGUUGUACCAUUAGUUGUACCAAUUUAUCAUCAAGGUAUGGAGAAAUCAAUGCCAUUAGCAAAAUUACCAAUACCAAGAGUUGGUAUAAAUUUAGAUAUUAAAGUUGGUGAUAAUAUUUAUUGUGAUCAAGUAAUUUCGAAAUAUAUUGAUGAUAAUAAAAUAUCUGAUCUCACCGAUUACCUUUCACAAGAUGAUAAAAAACGAAAAGAUUUUUAUAAAACAAUUACGCUUCAUAUUGAAGAUGAAUAUCAAAAAAUUAUACCCCCAACCAAUAGAGGUCGUUUUUCUCAUCCAACAAUUAAAGAUUAA